AUGGGCCUGGGACAAGUAGAGAGCAGGCAAGAAAACGUCUUGACACCAAACAACAACAAAGGCCUGCCCAUCCUGGACCCCAAGAUCUCAGAUGAGAAGCUGGGUGCCAUCCGAGGGUUCUGGUUCAAGGCCAUGGUGAGCUCCAGGACUGUGCCCAUCAUAUUCACUUGGCAGGAAACAGAGGCCGAGUCUCAGGUGCCCAAGGUGUCCCAAGAAACGGUGAACGUCUCCCCAUCCCGCCAGGGCUAG